CCGGCGCGGGCGAGGAGUCCGCCCGAGGCCUGACGUUUGAACGGUUACCCAUUUCGACGCAAGUACGUUACGAGAAGCCGACGUUCGGGACGACUCGCGUACAACCGGCUAACACCAAUUUAAAUUAAUCAUCGCAUUUUGUCACGCAUUUUACGCAUCUCGUCCAAAAUCAAACACCCGCGAUGGCCAACGAUAAAGGAGGAAUCGACGAAAUCACAAAACUCCUCGGCAGCACUAACCUUCCCCCGAGCGGAGUCUCUUUUUCAAAUCGCUCUCUGAAAAUAAACACAGCAGAUGACGCGAAAGAAAUCAUCACUGCUAUGGAAAAUUGUGGGGACUGUCUGGAAUUUCUUAAUCUAGAAGGGAACACCCUUGGCAUCGAGGGUGCUAAUGCCGUGGCAGAACAGUUAAAAAAACACAGUAAAAUUAAAAAGGCGUUAUGGCGAGAUAUGUUCACUGGAAGGAGCAAAAAGGAAAUCCCAGUUGCCCUUGAUGCGUUGAGCAAAGCGCUCAUGACAGCAAAAGCCGAACUCGAAGUCCUUGAACUCUCUGAUAAUGCUUCUGGACCAAUUGGCGUAGAUGGCAUUAAACAUCUAAUUUCAAGUCCUACUUGUUUUACAUUAAAGGAAUUAAGGUUGAACAACAUGGGUUUAGGGACAACAGGUGGAAAGAUGCUUGCCUCAGCUUUAAUGGAGUGCUACAACAAAAGUGUUACUGCCGGGAAACCCCUAGCGUUGAAAGUCUUUAUUGCUGGACGGAACCGAUUAGAAAAUGAAGGUUCUAAAGCUUUAGCAAACGUUUUUAAGGUGAUAGGAACCCUUGAAGAAGUACAGAUGCCUCAGAACGGUAUAAAUGCAGCGACUGAAUUGCUAGAAGCACUAUCCACAAAUCCGAACCUAAGAUAUCUCAAUUUGAACGACAAUACUCUGGGAAAAUGUAUUCCAGCACUUACUUCACUCCUGUCUAAAUUGUCCAACUUGGUUCAUUUAGAUGUUGGAGACUGCCUUUUAAGAAACGACGGUGCAUUGAAAUUAGCAGCUGCUUUUAAGAACAAUCAUCAACAAAUCGAGGAAGUUUGUCUAUCUGGCAAUGAAAUAAAAUCUGAUGGUGGAAUGGCUAUUUUCAAUUCAUUGAUUGGAAAACCUAAAAUUAGGUCUAUCAAAUUGAACGAAAACGAAAUUGGAGAUUACGUUGUUAAGUUGAUCGAAGCAGAGGCUAGAAAACACAAUAAACAAGAUGUUGUUGACGUAAGUGACAAUACGGGAGAUGAAGAUGAUGAAGAUGAAGAUAACGAUUAUGAAGACGAAGGUGAAGAUAAUAGUAAAACCGAUGAAGCUGAUUAUUGCGAUGAAGACUACGAAGAAACUGAAGAGGAAGAAGAAGAGGAAAGCGAAGAUGAAAAUUAUAAUGCAGAUUAUGGCAGUUACGAUGAAAAUUACGAGGAAGAAAAUUUCGCUGUUAAAGAAGAUUACACAUCUCCUUUAAGAAGAAAGCUAUUUACCGAACAGCAAGAGUUGAACUUAGACGAGUUAGUGAUGGAUUCUAUACUUACUCCUGAUAAAUUUGAUGAAAUAAUCAACAAAAUUAGGUUCCAGGCUGAUUGUGAUAAACAGUUAGAAUCUUUGUUAAGAAUUAUCAUGUUGAUAUCUACCCAUUACAAAUCUGCGAGUGAAGAAAAGAAACUAGCGAUAGAAGAAUAUGCUAUGAAAUUUUAUGAAGAAUUAUUCUUGUUGGGCGAAGCAUAUAACAAAAUAAGUAAUAUUAAUAACUUAUUACCAGCUUAUUUUGGAAUUAUUAAGACUGAAGACAAAAAGCCACUGGUGAAAUUUUUCGACUGUGAUUCUAGUUUGAAACUAUUGAAAAGCGCCAUGGGGAAAGAUUUCUUCCACGCUUCAACGAAAUAUGUAUUAAACUUCAUAUUUGAACAGAAAGAAUUAACAAAAUGAUUUGUUUUGUCAAUUAAAAAAGAUUGUAAAUAUUAGUUUUAAUAUCAAUUUAAUUUAUUCUCAAUAUAUUCUAUUUGUACAUUGUUUAACUUCUCUGAUGUGUGUAUAUUAGUCGAUUGUAAACAUCACUGAUCUAUUUUACAAUUUUAAAAAAAGCUUAUAUCGGUAAAAUAAAAAUUUAUGCUUUGCCACUAUCCAAACCCCACAAAAAUUGAUAAUUGAAACGUUUUUUAAUGUAUAAUAAAUAUUUGCAAUUAAAAAAAUAAAUAAAAAAUCUACCUUACUAAUCAAUCAUCCUACAGGACAAAUCAUAUUUGUUACUUGAAAUCUGCACAUAGGGUAAAAUUUAUUGUGUUAGGCCAAUUGUUUUGACACAAGAAUAGUUUUUUGUCUGGAUAUAUACAUUUUUUGCUUCGUCAUUUUCAAGUAAUUAGGUUAGAGUUAGGGAGAAUUUAGGUUAGGUAGGGUUAGUGAUAGGGACUUUCAAAUAGAAAUGAUGAAUGGAGCGAGUGCGGUGUUCAAUCUUUUUUAAAAAGAUAGUUCCUACUUACCAGUUGUUGCAAAACUAUCUUUUAAAAAAGGAUGGGACAAAUGGCAGCUGCUUUGGACAGUAGCACUGUAAUAUAAUACCACAAAUUUAAAUGUUAAAUAAAUUGGUACUUGGUUGAAGAAACCGGAUGGAUUUAUUCUGAAAACAUUGUCCGGAAAUAGGUUUUUUUCCAAAUAACUUGAGAAUGGUUGCUAUAAAUUAGACAUUUGAACCACUGAAUCUAGUGUCAGAAAACCUUUCAAAGAAUGUACAUUGAUGAGUAUUUUGCCAUUUGGAGUAGUUAAACUCCAAUUUGUAUCUCGUACAUUGGAGUUAGAUCAAAACUUUUGGCUCAGGAGAAACUAGACAAAAAAUAAAGGGAGGGCAGAAAUUAAACUUGCCCCAGCAGAUAUUCUCAGGUUCCUCAGUUGGUGGUCACUGCACCAAAAAAAUUUAUAGAGGUGAAGCGUUAAAAAAGAAACACUUUAAAGAAUCUAUUAAUUUUAAUUAGAUAAAAAUUGCAUAUACAUAUAGUUAUUUUUGAAAAAAUAUUCAUUUAGAUUUUAUACAGUUAAAAGUGUGGUAACAUUUCAUUGCAUGGAGCUACUAAAAAUAAACUUUUCGCUCAUUAAUAUAAAUAUGUAUGUUCUUAAAACUCUAUACAAGUCACGAGAUCGAUCCUUACAUUUUUACAGACUAAAACAAUAUAUUUGUUUAAUUAAUUUUGUUGCUCUUCUUUUUUUCCCCUUAUGGAUGUUUAAUUUUUUUUUGUCCAUCUGGUUAAAGAAAUUGUUGAAAUUUUAGCACCCUGUAUUUCUUUUGUGCUUUAUAUUUGCCGUUUUUUAAAAUAUAUUUUAAAUUGUAUUAAAAUUGUUUUUGUAUUGUAAGCUAAAUAAAUAAACCAAUUAUUGCCAAAUGGCGUUGAAAUGUUGUACAUUUGAUUUUUUUUUUAAAACCUAAAAAAAUAUUGUGAUAUGUAUAUAUCUUAUUAAAGGUUUAUAAGUGUUUAGUAGGCAAAUUUUACAUAAUGCAGAUAUUGAAAAAUGACUACAUCCUAAGAAUGGUGUAAUAAUGUACAAAUUCAUUACAUAAUAAAAGAAAAUAAAAAAAUUGUAUUUUUGUUUAAUAUUAUUAAGUCUCAAGCUUCUCAAGUGUAGACUGUGAUGAUCUCUGAAAUUUCAGCACGACAUAUCGGGCACUCGCCUGUCUCAGUCCCAAUGAUGUAAGCGCACGAUCUACACAUGCACAAAUGUUUGCAAUUGAGUAGCAUUGUGUUUCUUUUACGGUCUAAGCACACAACGCACAACCUUUCGGCCUUUUCCCUUUCGAGUUCUAUUUUAAGAGCGGCUUUCGUCGGAGUCUUCAAUAUGACAGUGGUGACUGUCAGACCGAGGAACGCCUUACCAUACUGGUACACGUCCUUGACGAACCUCAUCGUCUUGUCCAUCGUGACUAGCAUGAACAGGGCGAUGCGCAGUACUGAAAAUAUACAGAAAUAUUUUGUCUUUUUCAGGACGGCUAUGAAGAAGAGGUUGCAAUCUGUGAGAAGGUCCGGAUUAGCCUUGUAUGUAAAAUAGACCACCGAUGAGAGCACGACGAGGCCGCUGAGAGCCUCGUAAGGCAGCUCGUAAACUUUGUAAAACAGAGCGUCGAACCAUUUGGCAAUGAAUAUUACAGCGAUGUAGGGUGCUUCGUUGAUGUAGAGGAAUAUCGAGACGAUGAAGUUGCAGAAGCUCCAGACGCAGUAGCCGAUUAAAAGAAGGGCGUCUUUCACGAGGAGUACGUGGUUACCUACUUGGCCCAAGCCUGACUGCAUUGUGCUGUAGACGUACGACUCAUCAAUCAAAGCAUUCCUUAGAAAAGCCCAACCGUCUGUGACCAGGGCCGGCACCUGGGUCGUGUAGUAAACACAGCACUCGGCUAAAUAAGACAAAAGGUCUAAGAAAU